CCAGGAGGGACCCUGUGCCCCAGGAGGCGCCCUGCCCCUUCCCAGAGCAGGGCCAGGUGUCCCCACCAUGGCCCAGCAUGGUGCCAGCGCAUGACAGGCAGAUGUGGCCAUUCCCAGGUGGGACGGUGAGUGAGAUAAGAGUGGGUGAUGGGGCUGAGGAGUCCCUGUGCCCACAGCUUGGGACAGUCCCCACGUGUCAGCCGCAGGCAGGGCCACUCCAAGGUCCCCAGCAGUCCGGACACUAUAAGAGGGGUGAGCAGCCCCAUUGCGGCACCUUUGCUCAGCACAACCAUGCUGGGAGCUGUCUGUCUCGUCGUGCUGCUGGGCUACGCCUACGGAUGCGGUCAGCCGGCCGUGCCACCACAGCUGAGCUCCCGCGUGGUGGGCGGUGAAGAUGCUGUAGCCCACAGCUGGCCAUGGCAGAUCUCGCUGCAGUACAGCCGCUCUGGGUCCUGGAAUCACUACUGUGGCGGGACCCUCAUUGGCCCCCAGUGGGUGCUGACAGCUGCCCACUGCAUCAGCUCUUCCAUGACCUACCGUGUGGCGCUGGGCAGGCAGGACGUGUCAAAGGCUGAUGAGCCCGGUUCUCUAGCUGUGGCUGUGGAGAAGAUUAUCGUCCAUGAGAAAUGGGACUCCUACUUUGUCCGCAACGACAUUGCCCUGGUCAAGCUGGCAGAGGAGGUGCAGGAGACUGACAACAUCCGUGCUGCCUGCCUGCCAGCUGCUGACAAGGUCCUGCCCAACGACUACCCCUGCUAUGUCACCGGCUGGGGAAGCAUGAGGACCAACGGGCCCCUGGCUGACAUUCUGCAGCAGGCUCUGCUGCCUGUGGUGGAUUAUGAAACCUGCUCCAGUUGGGACUGGUGGGGCAGCAACGUGCGCAGCACCAUGGUGUGUGCCGGCGGCGAUGGCGUCGUCUCUGGAUGCAACGGCGAUUCUGGAGGCCCCCUGAACUGCCAGCGCGAUGAUGGGAUCUGGGAGGUCGAGGGCAUCGCCAGCUUCGUCUCCAGCCAGGGCUGCAACUGGAAAAAGAAGCCAACAGUCUUCACCCGGGUGUCUGCCUACAUCGACUGGAUCAACGAGAAAAUGAGCACGAACUGAGGACGCGGCAUUGUGGAGAUACCACUGUUGACCAAGAUAAAAGCAAAAAUGCUGAGCUGGUCUUGCUGGUUUUUUUGGGAGAGGGGAUGUGGUGGAGCUGGGGACACACAUCCAGGGCUGGGUCUGCUGAUGCCAAGGUCCAGCUUCUGUGCUGGGGAAGAUGCCCCUGUUGUGCAGGGGGGCUGGGCAGGACACUGGGGAGGCUGUCGGGCACACCUGCAAGAUGCUUCCAGUCCUCAAGCCAUGGCUGAGGCAAGGGGCUUGUGCUUUGGCAAUUAGUUUGGUGGCAGAGAGGCUGGGGUUUCUCCGGAUCCUUCAUGGGACCUCCAGGGAACACAGCUGGCCCUUGUGGACGAUCUGGAACUCUUAAAGCUCCCAGGGGGAGCUUUAGGGGACCUCACUGGCACUGCCUAAAUGAGGGCUGACUUUCAAAUGGGGCUCUUGAGGGAACUGGGUUGGCCUUGGGGAGCUUGAGAGUCUGACUGGUCUGGGAGGGGUCAGGGCUGCCUGCAGGAGCUCUCUUGGAGACAGAGCCCUUGGCAGCUGCAUGGCACUGCCGGCUCCAACGACGGGACCUGUGACGUGGCCCAGGAGCAGAGCAUCUUACCUUGGAUCUCCUUCUGUGGUGGCUGGAGGAAGGAGGUGGGUGCUGGGCAGCUACAGGACCCCAGCUGUGGGGUUCCCAGGAGGAGCCCAGGCUGCCCGGGAGGAGGCAGGGAAGUUUUCCAGGAAGAAGGCAGCGCGUUGGUGGCAGCAGCUGUGAAGGAGCUGCCCAGGAAGAGGGGGUGGGUACAGCACCAUGAGCCCCUGAGCAGAGCCAUCCAUCACACCAUCAUCCCUCGUGGCUGCUGGAGCCCAGCCAGGAUCCUCACGGCGUGGAAGGAGGAGCAGAGCCAGCAGGGAUGGACAGCAGCAGCUCAGGCUCGCUGGGGGCCAUGAUGGACUGUGCCUUCUUCAGGAACCACGGUGCCACUGCACCAUUGAGCAGCACCAUCACCUGCCCAGAGAGCAACACUGGCACCUGCACCGGGGCCCAAGAGCACUGACACGAGCCCUGGCACCGUUUGAGCCCCUUGGGGACUCUCCAGGGACCCCCUGGCAAUUGUCAGCCCGAUCAAAGCUUCAGCAGCUCCAGCCGUUCCCUCGGGACCUGUCCCUGGUCACAGAGAGCAGAGAGCAGAGCUGCCCCUCGGGUGGAGCUGCAGCCUCCAGUGAGGUCUGGCCUCAGCUUCCUCCAGCUGAACAAACUCAGUGACUUCAGCCUCAACUGCUUUUUAUCUCUAUGGCUGCAUAGAGAUGAACAAAUAUUUGUUGUACUUCCAUGUCCAUUGUCAAUUAUUGUUAUAUUCUGUUCAUACAAUUUACGACAGACACAGUAAAUC